CUAGAAGUCGACGACACAGUAACCUAAGGACAUCUGAACAAAAAGCAAGGCGCUCUCUUCAACCCGGAGGGCAGCUUUUCCUGCAUUUCCGCUAACCUUUUUUGAAGAAGAAAAAAAACCAUCCAUCUACAGAUGUGCGCGUGCUGUGAGUAGGGAGCGUGAUCGCUUGAUCGGCAAGUCUGGAAGCAUCCGCACGGAAUCAUGCUUUCGUUGCAGGGAGAUCCUCGGCAGUACCGCCUGCAACAGGUGGCGCAAGAGCCACAGCAGCAGCAUAAUAAUCAGCUGAUUUCUAAAGCUCUCAGCGAUGGAAUUGGCCUGGGCCGGGGCGAUCAGAGGGUUGAUUCCUCGCAAUCGGCUUUGUCAUCGGCCAGCUUCAAGCCUGAUAUUGCUGGUGGAAUUGAUGAGGAUAUGCUCUUGACCCUUGCUCACCAGAACUACAGAGCUGGAAACUAUAACCAGGCAUUGGAAAAUUGCAAGGCUGUUUAUGAGAAAAACCCACGGCGUACUGACAAUCUUCUUCUCUUUGGGGCAAUCUGUUAUCAGUUGCACGAUUUUGAUAUGUGCAUUGCAAAGAAUGAAGAAGCUAUACGAGUAAACCCACAUUUUGCUGAAUGCUAUGGAAAUAUGGCAAAUGCUUGGAAAGAGAAAGGCGAUAUUGAUGUUGCAAUCCGCUAUUAUUUAAUUGCAAUUGAGCUUCGUCCAAAUUUUGCAGAUGUGUGGUCAAAUUUAGCCAGUGCAUAUAUGAGAAAAGGCAGGCUAACUGAAGCAGCACAAUGUUGCCGCCAAGCCCUGGCUUUAAAUCCACGUCUGGUUGAUGCACAUAGUAACCUCGGGAAUCUAAUGAAAGCACAAGGUUUAGUGCAGGAGGCUUAUAGUUGCUAUGUCGAGGCUCUUCGCAUUCAACCUGCAUUUGCUAUUGCAUGGUCCAAUCUUGCCGGUUUGUUCAUGGAGGCUGGUGAUCUAAACAGGGCAUUGCAAUACUACAAGGAAGCUGUGAAGCUCAAACCAAAUUUUUCAGAUGCGUACUUGAACCUUGGAAAUGUUUAUAAGGCAUUGGCAAUGCCCCAAGAGGCCAUAAUAUGUUAUCAACGUGCUCUCCAAGUGCGGCCAGAUUGUGCUAUGGCUUUUGGAAACCUAGCUAGUUUGUAUUACGAGCAAGGCAACCUUGAUAUGGCAAUACUCAAUUAUAGGCGAGCUAUAUCCUGUGAUGCUGGAUUCUUAGAGGCAUACAACAAUCUGGGUAAUGCACUGAAAGACUCUGGGAGAGUUGAAGAAGCAGUUCAUUGCUAUCGUCAAUGCCUCUCUCUUCAACCAAAUCAUCCUCAAGCACUCACCAAUCUUGGAAAUAUAUAUAUGGACUGGAACAUUGUGAGUGCUGCAGCACAAUGUUACAAAGCAACAUUAACUGUGACGGCUGGACUCUCUGCCCCAUUUAACAAUUUGGCUAUAAUAUACAAGCAGCAGGGUAACUAUGCGGAUGCUAUAUCUUGCUAUAAUGAGGUUCUACGGAUUGAUCCACUGGCAGCUGAUGGACUUGUGAAUCGCGGUAACACUUACAAAGAGCUUGGGAGGGUUAGCGAAGCAAUUCAGGACUAUCUCCAAGCUAUUUCCAUCAGGCCAACUAUGGCUGAGGCCCAUGCCAAUUUAGCUUCAGCUUACAAGGACAGUGGCAAUGUCGAAGCAGCCAUAAAAAGUUACAGGCAGGCUUUGAUGCUAAGGUCGGACUUCCCAGAAACUACAUGCAAUCUACUUCAUGCAUUACAGUGUGUUUGUGACUGGGAUAAUCGCGAGCAGAUGUUUAUUGAAGUUGAAGGGAUACUUCGAAUGCAGAUUAAGACAUCAGUUCUACCAAGUGUGCAGCCUUUUCAUGCAAUUGCAUAUCCUCUUGAUUCAAUGCUUGCUCUGGAUAUCAGUAAAAAAUAUGCUCAGUAUUGCUCUGUGAUUGCUUCCCGGUUUUCGCUUCCUUCUUUCAAUCAUCCUCCCCCAAAACCCAUUAAAGGAGGUAGUGGGAAAACUCGUCUGAGGGUUGGGUAUGUUAGCAGUGACUUCGGAAAUCAUCCACUGUCACAUCUUAUGGGCUCUGUCUUUGGAAUGCAUGACAAAAGAAGUGUUGAGGUUUUCUGUUAUGCUUUAAGUCCUAAUGAUGGCACUGAAUGGAGGUUGCGCAUUGAGUCUGAAGCUGAGCAUUUCAUAAAUGUAUCCUCUAUGUCUUCUGAUAUGAUUGCAAGGAUGAUCAACGAAGACCAAAUACAGAUUCUUAUAAAUCUUAAUGGUUAUACAAAGGGGGCUAGGAAUGAGAUAUUUGCAAUGUUGCCUGCUCCAAUCCAGGUUUCGUAUAUGGGUUUCCCUGGAACUACAGGGGCUACUUACAUACAUUAUUUGGUUACUGAUGAGUUCGUGUCUCCUACACAAUACUCGCAUAUUUACUCUGAGAAGCUUGUCCAUCUCCCACAUUGUUAUUUUGUGAAUGAUUACAAGCAGAAAAAUUGCGAUGUGCUUGAUCCAAAUUGCCAACCCAAGCGCUCAGAUUAUGGUCUUCCAGAGGACAAAUUUAUAUUUGCUUGUUUCAACCAGCUCUACAAGAUGGACCCCGAGAUUUUUACGACGUGGUGCAAUAUUCUCAAGCGUGUUCCAAACAGUGCACUUUGGCUUCUCAGAUUUCCAGCUGCUGGUGAAAUGAGGCUCCGUGCAUAUGCUGCUGCACAAGGUGUACAGCCAGACCAAAUCAUUUUCACUGACGUUGCAAUGAAACAGGAGCAUAUAAGGCGCAGUUCCUUGGCAGAUUUAUUCCUUGACACGCCAUUGUGCAAUGCACAUACAACAGGCACAGAUGUUCUUUGGGCCGGGCUACCAAUGGUCACACUACCCCUUGAAAAAAUGGCAACACGAGUUGCAGGCUCCCUGUGCUUGGCUACUGGACUAGGGGAUGAGAUGAUUGUCAGCACCAUGGAUGAGUAUGAAGAGAAGGCAGUUUCUCUGGCGCUCGACCGCAAAAAACUACAGUCCCUCACAGAUAGGCUAAAGGCUGCGCGGAUGACAUGCCCUCUUUUUGACACGGCCCGCUGGGUGAGGAAUCUGGAGCGCGCUUAUUUCAAGAUGUGGAAUCUCUAUUGUUCUGGCCAACAUCCUCAGCCCUUCAAAGUAAUAGAGAACGACAAGGAGUUCCCGUUCGACCAUUAGAUGGCUGACCGCUACACCGGGGAUGUACAUAUGACCACAGAAGCAUGGGAAGGUCUGCUCCCAUCACCUUUUUUUUUUUACAUUACGGGAGUGAAAUUACUAUUUUAUCCCCGGGGUUACGUAAUUCUAAUGCAAUGGUAAAAACCAGUAAAUUUAUCUCCCAAGUUUCAUCCGUGCGGUGAACCGGGAUUUUAAGGGUAGCGCGAGUCUUAUUACUGAUUGAUAUAACAUAGCUGAUGAAAUGACUGAAAUUAUUACUGUAUCUUGUAGCCAUUCUGUGACCUUACCUCUGGCCUUGAAGAGACACCAAAUAAGUGUAUUUGUACUCAGUGUUAACUUCUUUUUUUUGCAGUCAAAAUUUAUGAACCUUGACCACUAACUAAAUAAACUUUGUAUUGGAUG